UAACAUUAUUGUCUAAAAUCAAUUUUCUCCUCCGGUGGUGAUCUCUGUGCUCCGGCGCAUAAACCCCUGUAAAGCCAAUAACUUGUUGUUCCCCAAAGUUUGGUUCUUCAUGUUGGAAACCGAAAGCAGUGUCUGCGACAACAUCGCCGGCAAUGAGAAAUGGCGAGCGGAAGCUGAAAUUGGUGGCAACGAGAGAGCUCUGCAAGCGCUUCGAGAACUCAUUAUCUUCCCUUUUCGUUACCCUCUCGAAGCUCGAACUCUUGGUCUCAAAUGGCCUAGAGGAUUGCUUCUCUACGGUCCUCCUGGAACCGGCAAGACAAGCUUGGUCCGUGCUGUUGUCCAGGAAUGUGAUGCACAUUUGAUUGUUUUAAGCCCUCAUUCUGUACAUCGAGCACAUGCUGGAGAAAGCGAGAAAGUCUUAAGGGAAGCUUUCGCUGAGGCUUCUUCUCACGCUGUUUCAGACAAGCCUUCUGUGAUUUUUAUUGAUGAAAUCGAUGUUCUUUGUCCUCGUCGUGAUGCUAGACGAGAACAAGAUGUUCGUAUUGCUUCUCAACUGUUUACACUUAUGGACUCAAACAAGCCUUCAUCAUCUGCACCAAGAGUUGUUGUUGUAGCAUCCACAAAUAGGGUGGAUGCGAUUGACCCAGCGCUAAGAAGAGCGGGACGAUUUGAUGCUUUAGUUGAAGUGAGCACACCAAAUGAGGAGGAUCGUUUAAAAAUCCUGCAGCUGUACACAAAGAAAGUCAAUUUAGAUCCUAGUGUCGAUCUUCAAGCCAUUGCAAUAUCUUGCAACGGUUAUGUUGGAGCAGAUUUGGAAGCUUUAUGUCGUGAAGCGACAAUAUCUGCAAGUAAAAGAUCUUCAGAUUCUCUUAUUCUAACAUCUCAAGACUUCAAGAUUGCAAAAUCUGUGGUUGGUCCAAGUAUAAACAGAGGCAUCACAGUUGAAAUCCCUAAAGUGACAUGGGACGAUGUUGGUGGUCUUAAAGACUUAAAGAAAAAGCUCCAGCAAGCUGUUGAAUGGCCAAUCAAACAUUCAGCUGCAUUUGUAAAAAUGGGCAUAUCGCCAAUGCGUGGGAUACUUCUACAUGGUCCUCCAGGUUGCUCAAAGACAACUCUUGCUAAAGCCGCUGCAAAUGCUGCUCAAGCCUCCUUCUUUUCCUUAAGCUGUGCGGAGCUAUUUUCUAUGUAUGUUGGAGAAGGUGAAGCAUUAUUGCGGAAUACAUUUCAAAGAGCUCGACUUGCUUCUCCAAGUAUAAUAUUCUUUGAUGAAGCUGAUGUCGUUGCCUGUAAAAGAGGUGAUGAGAGCUCAAGCAAUAGUUCUACAGUUGGAGAAAGGCUUCUAUCUACACUGUUAACCGAAAUGGACGGUCUUGAAGAAGCAAAGGUAAACAAAAGCUCAUAGGCUUUUAAAGAUUUUAUCUUUGUUAUUGGGUUGCAAUGAUAUUGAUCGGGUUUUGGUUUAAGGGAAUCCUCGUCUUGGCUGCCACAAACCGCCCGUAUGCAAUUGAUGCUGCUCUAAUGCGACCUGGUCGAUUUGAUCUCGUGCUAUACGUGCCACCGCCUGAUCUAGAAGCCCGGUUUGAAAUACUGCAAGUGCAUACACGCAACAUGACACUAGGAGACGACGUUGAUCUCAGAAAAAUCGCUGAAGAAACCGAUCUCUUCACAGGUGCCGAGCUCGAGGGUCUAUGCAGAGAAAGCGGAACUGUCUCACUUAGAGAAAACAUCGCAGCAACCGCUGUCUUCAAUCGCCAUUUCCAAACCGCAAAAAGCUCGCUUAAACCAGCGUUAACAAUCGAAGAAGUCGAAACUUAUUCAUCAUUCAGGAAGGCGGCGAAAAGAUCUGAUUCGAAACCGAUUCCGAUUAACAAAAAGAAGGCGACUUCCACCGUCUUCGGAUUCUCAUGGCAAUUAGGUGUUUUGAGCUUAUUGUUGCUUGCUACUGGAAACUAUUACUUCAACCACACUAAACAUGAAUUACUAGUAGCUUCUGCUACAUGAGACUUGAAACAGCUCAAAGUUAAAAAAAGUUGCUAAUUUUGUUUUAUUCAUAAAUACCAAAAUAUCUUUUGUUUC